AUGUGCUCAUCGCUCACUCAACUAGUGUUUGGGGUCGUCAUGCUCGGUGCCAUCGCGCUCACUCUUGGAGCCACCUUCUCGGAUAAGUGGACCACCGUCCAAGCUGACCUAAUUGAUUUGUACCAGCAUGUAGACGCUAACCAAACGGAGCGUCUUAUUGGAAUCCUUCCCUUCUUCUGUGACACCGACGCCGCCGGAUGCGCUCGUUUUUGGAAGGAAAUGAAACCCUACGAGAAAAUGGUCGCCAUCUGCAUGAUAUCAGCUCUAAUCCUGGAGAUUGUUGCCUUCGUCUGGAACUUCCUCACCUCAUGCACCUGCUGCUUCAAAAAAUAUCUUCUCCAUCCCCUCUCGCCACUCUCCUUCCUCAUCACCAUCUUGCUCACCAUCGCCAUUGCUGUUUUCUACUACAACAGCGAUAAAGUUAGACAUGAUGUUGACAUUCAGAACUUCUUCAACGGAAAGGAAUUGGACAUUAAUAUUGGCUCCGCCUUCUGGAUGGCUGUCGGUGCUUGGUGCCUCGUCGUCGUUGAUACAAUCCUCGCCUCUUUUGCCAUCUUCUUUGCUCAACACGGAGUCUAG